UUGUGACUGUUGCCUGGGGCAGCCCCCUCAGUAAGAGGGUGGCAGGUUGGGCCAGGCCAGAGCCUGGACCUGGGAUCAGGAAGGGGUUGCAGGGAGGGAUGGAGGGGCUGAAAACCCUGGGCCCCUGCGGCCACCCCCACCCCCAGUGUCCCCCAGCCCCAGCCUCCAGCAGCCAUGGAGGAGGCCUGGACCAGCCCUGCCAGGGAUUUGUAGGGUGGCCCUGCCUGGGCCCCAUCUCCUCUGCUCACUCAGUGCAGUCCCAGAGACCUUUCCCAGUCCCAGGGGCAGGGGGCAGUGGGCCCACAGUGGAGGGCGAGGCUCCCGGGCUCUUUCUGUCCAGCCAGGAGCAGAGAGCGAGAGACACUGACGGGCCGAGACAAGGAGACCUGGAGGCAGGGCUUGGGUGGGGCUGGCCCCUGCACCCAGGGUCGAACCAGGGGGCUCCCAGGCAGGGGGGAUCCAUUGGCUCAGGGACCAGACCCUGCCCAUGCCCACCCCUGUCGCGGGAGGGAGGGGCCCUGGCCUCGCCCAGGGUAGCCCUGUCCCAGCUUCAGUGCGGGCUGCUGGGCUCUGCAGAACAGUCCUUCCUGCAGCUGGAGCAGGAGAACCACAGCCUGAAAAGGCAGAACCAGGACCUUCGGGAGCAGCUGGGGGCCCUCCUGGGGCCGGGGCAGCAGUUCCUGCCCCUGUGUCCCGAACACUCAAGCUGCACUGCUCUGGCCUGGCCCCCCGACCCGGCUGGCACGCAGCCCUCGGGGAACAGGGCACCUCUGCAGCUGCUGCGGCGGGAGCUGUGCCAGGGGCAAGAGGCUUUCGUGCAGCAGUCCCAGAAUGAGCUGCAGCAGAUCCGCCUGUGCUUUGAGAGGAAGAAGAUGGUCAUCACAGAGGUGUGGGACAACGUGGCUGAGAUGCACAUGGCCCUGAACAACCAGGCCACCGGGCUCCUGAACCUCAAGAAGGACAUCCGGGGCGUGCUGGACCAGAUGGAGGACAUCCAGCUGGAGAUUCUCAGGGAGCGGGCCCAGUGCCGCACUCGAGCCAGGAAGGAGAAGCAGAUGGCAAGCAUGUCGAAAGGGAGACCAAAGCUGGGAAGCUCCAAGGGCCUGGCAGGCCAGCUCUGGCUGCUGACCCUGAGGCUGCUGCUGGGCGCCCUGCUGGUCUGGACCGCUGCCUACGUGUACGUGGUGAACCCCACACUUUUCGAGGGGCUGGUGCCGCCCCUGCUGAGCCGUGCCACCGUCUGGAAGCUCCGGGCCCUGCUGGACCCCUUCCUGCGCCUCAAAGUGGACGGCUUCCUGCCCUUCUAGGCCAGAGGCCCAGUGGCCCCAGCAAGGCGGCCAGGCGACCAGCACUGCCCCGGAUGCCCAGUGGCCGUGCCAGCCCCCUGCACAUGGCACCACUGUGCACCAUCCUUGCCAGAAGCUACAGAGAAGGGUGGAGGUGGGGUCUGUCCUGAGGGCUGGGCCUGUGGCUGGACAUAGAGUCAUGACAUAA